CGGGGCGGGGCGGCGCCGGGCGAGCGGGCGGACUUCAGGCUCAGGCUGCGCUCAGGACCGGGCCCGGCAGCGGGAGGUGGCGGCGAUGGAGCGGGAGGUGGCGGCGGUGGAGCAGGGUGGCGGCGAGGCCGAUCUGGAGCGGCGGCUGCGGGCUUUCAACCGGCAGAACAGCCAAACUUUCAAGUUUGAUCUAAAAGAGCAAGAGGAGAGAAAGAAAUUAUGUGAUGAAGUCCUGAAAGAGUUGCAGAAGGAGCCGGGGCCAUCCUGCCAAAUCACCUGUCUGGAAACUAUCCGUAUUCUCUCCAGGGACAAGACGGUUUUGGCCCCUCUGACCACCAGGCCGGGAAUGCUGCUUCUCAUAAAGCUGGCCGGACUGGAGCACACACAAAGCUCGAGGAAGGAGACCUCCCACUUUGGCGUUACAGUUGAGGCAUUAAAAUGUCUCUGCAACGUUGUGUUCAACAGUGAGAUGGCGCAGCAGCUUAGUAUGGAUUUUAAGGUUACCAUUGGAAUCUGUGAACGCCUAAAGAUGCACAGAGACAAGAAUCUAGCGCAUGAGGUUAAGUUCUUUGAUUUGCGUCUCCUUUUCCUGUUGUCCGCCUUGCGGAUGGACAUCAGAACUCGGCUGAAGGACGAUCUUCAGGGCCUGCAGUUGCUAACUGACGUCCUGGAGAACAAGCUGGACAUCCAGUGGUCAGAGAAGUACGUGGUGGCCGGGAAUCUCAGGAGUCAUCCCUUGUCUGAUGUGCAGACGGAUUUUGCCAUUGAGGCACUAAAGGUUCUCUUUAACGUCACGUAUGACUGCAGCCAGAAGCAAAUUGAUGAAGAUCUUGUCCACCGGUACAGAUACCUCACUGCCAUUCUCUGCCACAGUCUGCUGCUAAACACACAGUCUGAAAAUAAAACAGAAGAAUUUCACAGCCACACAAUCAAUCUUUUGAAUAACAUUCCCGUGUCAAACCUGGAUCUUCUCUUCAGCCCCAGCAUCGAAUGUGGCACAAUCGAUUACAAUGGGAAGAAGAUGGACGUGGUGGAGGUUUUGCUGGCGUUUAUGGAAAAGAGAAUAGACAGGGGGACCAAUUUGAAAGAAGGAUUGACUCCAGUUUUAAGCGUUUUGACAGAAUGUUCCAGGAUCCAUAAAGACAUGAGAAAAUAUAUCCGUUCCAGGGUCCUGCCUCCUCUGAAAGACGUGACAAAUCGCCCUGAGGUUGGCACCACUCUUCGGAAUAAGCUGGUGCGCCUGAUGACCCACAUCGACACUGGAGUAAAGCACACUGCAGCAGAGUUCCUGUUCGUGCUGUGCAAAGAAAGCGUCGACUGCCUGUUAAAGUACGCGGGGUACGGGAAUGCGGCGGGCCUGCUCGCUGCCCAUGGACUGCUGGCCGGAGGAAGGGGCAACGGGGUGUACUCCGAUGAUGAGGAUACGGACACUGAAGAGUACAAAUGUGUCAAAUCUUUUAUUAACCCCAUCACUGGUCAUAUCGAAGAUCCAAAGCCCAAUCCGAUGGACGGGAUGACAGAUGAGCAGAAAGAGUACGAAGCAAUGAAACUCGUCAAUAUGUUUGACAAGUUAUCCAGGGAGCAGAUCAUCAAGCCGAUGAGAGUCAAAGCGGACGGGACAAUGGGUCCGUUGGAGGAGGCAGCUAACGAGUGCAUCAGCGAUCACGACUCCAGCUCCGAUACUGAUUAGAACAUCCAGCAGACUCUGUACAAAACCCUGCUUUAUUUUUAGUGGUACUUGACUCAGUUUAUCGUGGGCUAUUUAGACCAAACUCGUUCAUGUACGUUAGAUCCUUUCUUUAAUGCAGGCACCUGCCUGUGUGUGGGGGCAGAUCGAGGUCGUGCUGCCCCUGCCCUCUUGCUUGGUUGUAGAUAUUACCAGGUGGUUUCUGUUUUGCCCCUGACCGAGGAUGUGAGCGGUGUACAGAGGCAGCGAGAUGUGAUCAACAUUGUCUCUGAUCCACGGGUGGAGCACCGUGUUCAGGUGCCGCCUUGGAUGCUGCUCCAGAAUCGGCAGGUUGGUGAGCAUUACUCCAACCUUGGAUUACAAUAACCCUGAACUCGAGUUCUUCCCAAAGCCCUUGUCCAUCUGAACUUUAAAAAUAGAACUUAAAUUGACAACACAAAAAAUAGUGCUUUACAGCACAACAUCUCACUCAAGUGGGGCCAUUGAUGUGCUAACGUCUGUUAUUGAACACAAAUUUGUCCCCUGAGUAAAGGUUGGGGAAAAUAUUGAGCUCCAGUGUCGUGACAACGUGAGGCAGAGACAGCAUGCUUUAUUUGACCAAUAUACAGUUCAAAGCUAGUCACGGGCGACUCCUUAAAGUAAUGUAGAGAAACGUCACAGCCCCUUUUGCACACUCCAGAUACUCCAAAUUUGUUGAAUGAUCGAGUAAUUUAUUUGUGGUGCUGCUGUCGAGUGCCAGUUGUCCACUGGUCUACUGACUGACACUUGGCAGCAUGUGACUUCUCUCAGGUAACAGCUGGCACGUGUAGAGCAAGCAGCAGCUGUGCAACACCUGGGGAGUGCAGUGCUGCCGUCCCUGCAUUGCACUGCAGAAGCCUGCAGUAGCGCUCCUGUUCCACACACUAAGAAUGGUUUUAAAUUUAAUUACCGAAACAGAUUAAUAGUGUAUGUUUCAGACGUGGUCAGUCUUGAGUACAGAUCAAAUGACCGAGGAAGGUCAUCAGUUUAAAUUCCACGUUAUGUAAAUGUUACAUGAAAGUGUGCAUGCACUGGGCAGUGUUUAUUGCAUGUGUUCAUACUUGGAGCAGCACACUGUAUUAGGCAUGCUUAAAAACAAGCUCACAACCUUCAUCAUUAUAACAAGUUGAAAUAGAAACCCAUUGUCCAUGAAGGUGACGUCUUGAAAAACUUGAGAUUAAAAAAAAAAAUUCUUAAUAUUUGAAAGGUAAUUAUUUUUCUUGUAAUUAAUUUUCUGCAAAAAGAUAAUGUCAGGGAAAAACAACUUCUUACAGUUACAGUGCUGUUAUAAAUGACCUCCGGAUGUGAGCUAUCAAGGAUUAGCGAUUCCAGGGGCAGGUUGUUCAAGAUUCUAUGGCAAUCCACAAUAUACUCAUUACAAACGGUUCCCUUUAGCUGUCAACCUUCUACACUAGCUCUGCAAAGUCAUGCUUUGAUUGUAUUGAAAACUGCAACUCAUGGAAAUAGAAAACUCCUGUAUGAAAGUUGAAAUACUUUUCUAGCUUGUGAUAAUGAAUAAGGUUUUGUGUUUUGGGGCCUCUUCACCCUUCUGUACUAUAAAUCAAUAAAGUGAUUGUUAAUGUUGA